GUCAAAAUUUCUUGUCCAGGGUUUCGGCGGUUUGCGCGGAGGAUUCAAAAUUUCUGAUUGAAGCUCACCCGCGAGAUGGAUAGCGAGCCGGCAGUGGUCCGGAAGCACGGAUGCGGAACACGGAAUGGAAUUCGAUUCUCCACGAGGUUCACGACACCUCUCUUGACUUCUCGUCACCAGCCCACCACAACCCUCACUGGAGCCAUAUUGGACACGGAUACGGUCUGCGUGCAAUCCAGUGCCCGCAACUAUCCUAUCUCUGACAUCAGAUUACCGGCCCAGCUUCAAUGCAAGUGCUUUUCAAGAUGGCUGCAAAGGUAGGUUCGUGUCUGUUCAGAUCGAUCUACAUCAUCAGCCGUCUUCCUCAUUGUCCAGCAAAGUGAAGUGCAUAUCUCCUAUCUCUAUCUAAAUCUAAACCAUGGGUUCUGUCGAAAGUAACUGGCGCGAGUUGGACAUCGCUGUCGUGGGUGGUGGAAUUGGUGGUUUGGCAGCAGCAACCUCCCUUCGACAAGCAGGACACCGAGUCACUAUCUACGAACGAGCGGAUUUUGCAGGCGAAGUCGGAGCAUCAAUCAGCUGCGCAGCGAAUGGAACAAGAUGGCUAGAAGAAUGGGGCGUGAAUAUCCCUAUCGGCAAACCCGUGGUUCUGCAGAAACUCAUCUCGAGGGAUUGGAAGACUGGUGAGCCGACGAAUGUAUACGACUUGGCAGACUACAAGGAGAAAUGGGGCUACGUCUACAACAUGUUCCACCGAGUGAACAUGCACGAAAUGCUGAUGGAUUCUGCUAUUGGAACGAGUCAUUUUGGACUUCCGGCUAUCCUCAAAUGCAACCACAAGUGCGUCGAGAUCGAUCACGCAACAGGGACAAUUACAUUCGAGAAUGGUGUCCAAGCAAAACACGAUCUCAUCAUAGGAUCAGAUGGCAGUGGAUCUACAGUCCGCAAAACAAUCGGCAUCAUCCCAGAUCGAAAACAAAGCACGUCGCAUUGCCUUCAUUGCAUCAUCACGACAGAGGACGUCAAGCGGUUGGGACUUACCGACUAUACUGAAAAUUCCGCCAUCGAGUACUGGGGUGGCCAGGAUGUCUACAAGAUUGUCUACUCUCCCUGCCGAGGAGGCGAAAUCAAUUCGUUUUACUGCUUCUUCCCUACCGAGCUAAGCAAGAACCCGGGAGAAGGCUGGAAUCACUCUAUCGGCGUGGAGGAGUUCAUGGAGCCCUUUGGUACCCUCGAUCCAAAGCUACUUGCCAUAUUCCGGAAUUCGUACGACAUCAAACCUUGGAGACUAUUUGUUCACCAACCGUAUGAUCACUGGCAGAAGGGCUUGACAUGCAUCAUGGGAGAUGCUGCUCAUCCUAUGAUGCCAGAUCAGAGCCAAGGUGCAUGUAUGGCCAUUGAAGAUGCUGCUGCUAUCGGCAUAAUCUAUAGUCGGAGACAUGACUUUACUGGAUCACCAGAGAAGAUCAGUGCGGGCUUGAAGAUAUACGAGCAGGUGAGGAAACCAAGGGCUACGAGGGUUCAAGAGGCCAGCCUGAGAGCAAGAGAGAACAUUACAGAAAGGAUAGGGUUCUCAAGUAACACGAGCAACCCUUUGUACAAGGUGACGGAUGAGAAGAACAAGUUGACCAUUGAAGAGAUGAAUAGUUAUGAUAUGUAUGCAGAUGUGGAGAAGAAGGUCACUGGAUGAGCACUCUGAAGUUGACGUCCUUGGAUAGCACAAUACCAAUUUACAAUGUUCC